GGCCGACCAACCUCUCCCCACCACGUUCCCACCCAUCGCGGGUGCACAAGCUGACGCGAGUGAUACGGCAAAGUGUCGUUGUCUCCGUUUUCGCUCAUUAUUUCUUUGGCAGCGAGAACAUCUUCCUUGUUCCUUUCCUGUCUACACCCCGCUCCCACUCCCCACUCGGGGACUCUGACGCUACCCUCCACUAGUGGCGGUUCGCUCAUAUAUAGGUGACAACAAAGGAGCUCUUGCGACGCGCACAUUGGUGCUCUCCUAUAGGAUCACAGGGGUGAUCAUGGUCUCCGACAGUCUUUACGAGCAGUGCCUGCCCAUCCUGCGUGACUCGGCUCUCGAGGAUGAAGACAAGACCGAGAAACUUGAAGAGCUCCUGCGCAAGCAGACACCAUUAACUGGCCCUUUGCUCGAGAAUACCAUUCUCGACGUACUAUGGCGCUUUCGAGACUCCUCAACGCCUUCGGCCUCGCCUCCCGUACGGCAUACUGUUGUCCGCCGCGCAUCGCCUGCGCCAUGGCAAAUUCCACGUGCCACUACCCCCCGGGCGUCGUCCCCCUUGGCGGUUUCAGCGACGUUGGCAGGAACGAGUCCGUUAUUCCCACCAGGUCUGGGUAUUCCGCCUCCACCAGGUCUGAGUCGAACGAGAUCAUCUAAUAUGUCACCAUUCACUUCUCCGCGGCCCUCGCCGCGCUUGGCGUUUUCUACGCCUUCGAUUCCGCAUAGUCCGAAUCUCAAUACAUACGAAUUCAGCGAACCCGCUAUCACCCCAGACAUUUAUGGCGACUACGGCAGUGACACCGUAGAUUGGCUAGUAAAUGAUGAUGCGAUGAGCAACGCGUCUUCAGCCGGUGGCUAUACCGGAGAAAGUACCUUGAACGGCGGCGCAGCCACCUGGAUACAACCCACACAGACCAAUAUGAGCCCCUAUGACAUGCUGCGGUCUGUUUUGGGAGAUGGAAAGACUGACGAGGAGAUUGAGCAAGCUCUCGAAGCGAAUGGAUAUGACUUUACUGCUACGGUUAUGAGUCUCAUGGAAGAACAACAAGCCCGGCCUCAGUCGGAGAGCAACUCGCAAUUCGACAACGCCGUGGUAGUGGGCAAGUCGAUGAGUCCUGGUCAGAGACCGGCAACCCCAUCGAAUAAUAACCAUCAUAAUCAUCAUCAAGGGGGACGCAAUGGCGUUGUAUGUCGGUUUUGGCUUUCGACAGGCACGUGUCUUCGGGCGGACUGCCGGUUCAGUCACGACCUCAGCUCACACAUUUGCAAGUAUUGGGUUAUGGGUAAUUGUCUUGCUGGUGAUACCUGUGUCUUCUCUCAUGAUCCGGCCAAUCUGGUUAACCGCCUUGCCCUGGACGACCACGGCAGCACGUCUUCUUCACCAUCUCUUCAUGGCUCGCAGUCAAAUGUCUCACUGCAAGACCACAGCGCGUUUCCUGCUCUGCGCAGCAAGGGCUCUGACCAGUGGUCGACUGGAUAUACACCUGGCAGCUCUCCUGGCCAUUACGUCUCUGGACAUGCAAUGCAUCCUCCACCGGGUCUGAGACGCCCACCUGGCCUGGGCGAUAGCCCGUAUCUCAGCUCCCAUUCGCGACCCAGUAGCCGGCCGCAGUCGCGGCAAUCGGCCUCUGUGCCAGCGGUGGAUGAUACCGAGGCAUUUCCAACAUUAGGAUCUGCAAGCAUGAAGGGUAGCAAGAAGCAUCACCACGGAAAGAGGGGCAGCCAUGGCCAUUCCCAUCACGAUAGUCGAGAGAAUGUUCCGAGCUCUUUGGCCGACAUUGUUCGCAUGACGCCCUCACCAGGGCCUGCGCAGAACCGGAGACAGAACAGGUCCGGCAAGGGCGGAGGUGCCAAUGCCAGUCGCGAGAACAGCGCAGCUGCACUUGCGAUUCCCCCACCUCAGCACGUACCUUGGUUAGAAACCGGCGCGGGCGCCAACCAAGCCUACCUGAAAAUUCGCCAAGAAGCAAUCAAGCACGGCGGUCUACGAAACAAGUAUUUGCAAAGCGCCGCCCAGGCAUGGAAUCGAAACGACGCGCGAGCCGCCAAAGCCCUUAGUCUCCGCGGCCAGAGCGAAAACGAUCUCAUGCGAAAAGCCCACCGCGAAGCCGCGCGACAACUAUACGAAGAGCGCAACAAGAAUGCCAAUUCCGGCGGCGAACUCUACGUCGACUUGCACGGCCUACACCCCGACGAAGCAAUCGAAUACCUCGAACGCGUUCUCCUCGAACAAGCCUCCUCUCCGACCCCCAUCUACGCCAUCACCGGCACAGGCCACCACUCCAAGAACGGCAAAGACAAAAUCGGCAAAGCCGUCCGCAUAUUCCUCAACGAAUGGCGCUACGCGUACCGCGAGUUUUCUGUCCCCGGGGACCGCAACAAUGUCGGCGGCAUCCUCGGCAUCGAUCCCCAGAGCUACGACAAGUCUCUUCUCAACAAUAACAACCACAACAACAAACCUGAUACCCAUAGUACUUCUGAUACUACCACUACUACUUCUGCUUCUAAUAAUCGUAAUCCUCAUAAAUCCUCUUCUCCUUCAUCAUCUACUACAGCUACAGCUACCGCCCGAUCUGCUGCGGCGGCUGUCCCCAACACAGCUCAUGAUGACGACGCCGAAGACGUCGCGACGAUUCCGUCCCGGCCGACUGCCUUGUUGGACAUUGCCAAAGUCACAACCAAGUCUACUUCUACUUCUACUUCUUCUUCGGCCGGCGGCGCUCCUUCUACCAGAAAACGGUCCUCACCGACUGCUGGUGGUGGUGGCGGCGGUGGCGGUAGUGCUGCUGUUGCUGCUGCUGCCCCGUCAUCUGGUAAAUCAUGA